GAUGAACAUGUACGCCAGCGUGUUCUUCCUCACCGCCAUGAGCAUCACCCGGUAUUGGUCGGUGGCGUCCGCGCUGAAGGACCGGACCCGGCGGCGGGUGUGUCCGGUGCGCUGGGUGAUCGCGGGGCUCUGGGUGUCCGCCACGGUGGCCUCUCUGCCCACCGCGAUCUUCUCCACGGUGAAGAGCGUGGCCGGGGAGCGGCUGUGCCUGCUGGGCUUCCCGGACGGACAGUCCUGGCUGGCGCUGUACCACCUCCAGAAGAUCCUGGUGGCCUUCGUGUUCCCGAUGCUGAUCGUCACCGUGUGCUACCUGCUGCUGCUGCGCUUCGUCCGCCUGCGCAGCAUGAACAACAACCAGGUGAAGCGCCGGUCCCGGGUCACCCGCUCCGUCACCAUCGUCGUCCUCUCCUUCUUCAUCUGCUGGAUGCCCAACCACGCCAUCACCUUCUGGGGCGUCCUGGUCAAGUUCAACGUGGUGAACUGGGACAAGACGUACUACAUGGUGCACACGUACGUCCACCCGGUGACCGUGUGCCUGGCGCACACCAACAGCUGCCUGAACCCGGUGCUGUACUGCCUCAUGCGCCGCGAGUUCAGGAAGAAGAUGAAGGAUCUGUUCUGGAGGAUUUCCUCGCCCACAGGGACGAACUCGUGCCCCCUGCGGCCGUUCUCCGGGACCGUGAGAGCGGAACCGGACGACUCGCACAUCGUGAUCCCGCUCAACAACGUGGAGACGGAGAACUGCAGACUGUCGGUUCUGACGGACCAGUGCGAAACGGACGCGCUGCAGAAGUAGACUGAUCCGGGACCUGGUUCCUCUCAGUCCGCCUCACCAUGAACUUCUUUAGACUUCAGGCGCUGCUGGAGGUUGUUUGAGCUUCUGUGCCAGAACCCACCGCCUGGUGAAAGAACCACACAGAACCGGGUCUCAGCUGUGUGUGGCAUUAUUAAAUGUUUUUGACUCUGCAUCAAAUGGAUUUUAUACAUUUUAUCACAGUUUAAAGAUGUGAAACAUAAAAGGAGAAAAAUAACAAUCGCGCGUAAAUUACGCACCGGUGCGUAAAACCAUCCGGUGCGUUCCUGCUUCAGUCCGACUGGGAUCUGUCACCCUGCGCUGCUCAUCGUGUUGUUUUCUCUCUUUACUAUAAAUGGAGUUCGAGCUCAGUGUCUCAUCCAGUGCUGCUUCCCGCUCUGAAGAGCUGUCCGUGCGCAGGGACUUCAUUCUGUGGAGUAUUAUUGACGUUUGUUGUGGCUGAUGUGUAAAAUGUCCACGCUUUGAGUAAGUGAAUGUAAAAAAAAUAAGAAAGGAAAACCUGCCAAUGCAACCUUAAGAACGAUGUAUGGAGAAUAAAAUGAUUUGGUUUGUGUUCA